UCGUUGGUCGCUUGCUGUUCAGUUUGGAGAAUGUUCAGUGAAAUGUACCGUACAUACUACAGGUUGUGUCAGUUGUUCGCGCAGGAAACAAGAUCCUUCGCAUACAUUGGAACAAAUCUGCCAGUGAUCACCCCUCGGCUUGAGUGGAUUAUGUCGGUAUUCGAAACAACGGACCUGGUAGACAUUGUCAAAGUGCUGGAUGACUUGGAAUUGAGGGCAAUUGGGGCAGCAACUGCCAGGGAACGAUUGGUAAUCAUAGAAUGCUACGCAAUAUCUUUCACGAACAUCGAACCGACAAUGAAACGCGGAACAAAUUCUUUGAAUGGAGGAAAAUCGAAACCAACGUCCGCCAGUGCACAAAAAAUCGAAGGUUAAGGAAAACGUCGUGAAUCGGUAUUUUCGAGUCUCAUCGAAUACGUCAACGCUGGCGGUAUGAAACUGGACAGUGGGAAACUGGCCGAAAAACGCGAAUUCGACAAGCUGAGUGUACCGACGGAGCGCAAACCGCUUCUGAUGUAACGGAAAACACAAGCGCAGUAACAAGGACGAAACAUUUAUCAUGAAGACAUGAAAUCAAAAAGAUCGCGACACUGAUCGAGGGACAUAUCAAAGUCAAGAAGUAAUUGUUAUAUG